GGGCGUUCCCGGACGGCUUCCCGACUGCGACUGAGCGCUUUCGGACCCGCUGUGCCCACUGCAGUAUGCCGCUGUUUUUCAGCUUUCCGCCACGACCCCUCCGUGAGGUCCUCGCUAAGAAGAGCGCUCCGCCGGCACCGCUGUGCCCUCAGCGCGACCCUUCUCUGCCCCUCUCCCCGCACACGAUGGGCGCAGCCCCGCACCUCCACGGUGCUAUGGAAGAAAAAGAGCGGCUGAGCCCUUCCCCGCCCCGAGAGGCGACGGUCCAGCCGGGAGAGGAAGAAGUCCGAGCGCAACGGGGCUCCGGAUGCAGUGAGCUGAAGCAGAACAGGCGCCGCGUGCUCUGCGUGGCUUUGUGUGCAGUGCCGUGCAUCCUUGUUUCGGCGCUGGUGGCCGUGGUAGUGCUCCAGCGUCCGUCGUGCUCACCUCGCCCACCCUUCUCCCACGUGUGCCCCAACGCCUGGGUCGGUUUCCAAGGGAAAUGCUAUUAUUUCUCGGACAUGGAGAGCGAUUGGAACAGCAGCAGGGAGCACUGCCACCGCCUCGGAGCUUCCCUGGCCACCAUAGAGACGGAGGAGGAGAUGGAAUUCAUGCUGCGGUACCGGGGCCCAGCAAACUGUUGGAUUGGGCUGCACAGGGCAGAAGGGGCCGAGCACUGGACAUGGGCCGAUGGCAGCACCUUCAGCAACUGGUUUGAGCUGCGAGGCGGAGGCCGAUGUGCGUACCUGAAUGGGGACAGGAUCAGCUCAGCCCUCUGCCACAAUGAGAAGUUCUGGGUGUGCAGCAGAGCUGACAGCUACGUCCGCUGGAGGAAAGGGACAAAUCCGCAGUGACGAAUCCCAUCCCAGGCAGCUCGUGCCAACGCUGCUGGGCACUGCCAUGCCAUCCGUGUGUGGUGGAGUCUGCCUUUUUCCAGCACUGCUACAUUUGUGUUUACAUGGACUCAGCCAGCUGUGCUGCUCGCUGUCUCUCAGGAAACUCAUCUGUUGCACUGUGCCUUAAGGGGGGGUCCUCUGGGGGUCCUUACAGAUCAUAGCCCCACGGGACGGUUGGGUGGGCAGCUGACGAUUCUGCACGGUUCUCUCCACUUACACUAUUACCGUCUUCGUUAUUGUUAUUACGAUUAUUGUUAUUGCAAGUCUGCAUUUAUUACCCUUCCUAUCAUUAUGUUCGGCAUUAUUUCCUUUACCGUUUCUACUCCCGUUUAUUAACAGUCCCUGCCACAAUUCCCCUCCUCUACUGCCCAACUCCCCAUUUCAUCACUACUUUUCGUUCUUGUCCCAUUAUUAGCAAUAUGAACGUCAUUACCGUUAUCAGUGCCUCGAUUCCCAUUAUCACCAUUUGCGUUUCCUAUUUUCGAUUAUUACCUCGUUAUUAGUAGCUGUAACAUUUCUCUCAUUUCCACCCCAAUUUUACCACUACGUUUAAUACUGUUUUUCCUCACACUAAUACUACUCAUGCCUUCCUGAUGGACUUUAUUAAGUGCCCUUCCCACACUACCACCGUUUUAUUAUUACUUUACGUAGUUCUGAUCAUUAUCUGAUUAUUAAUAAUAUUUCUCUUAUGAGUAUCCGCCCGGUUCACCCCAUUUUAUCACUGCAUGUUGCCGUUAUUCUUUACACUCUUACUAAUACACUUCUUAUUUUUAUUGUUUAGUGCCCCCCCCCCCAUUAUCCCAUUAUCAUUUCUCCAUUUUUGAUGAUUAUCCCAUUAUUAAUGCUAUUUGAUGCCAUUAUCGUCCUUGUCCCUACAGCGUGGCAUUACAAACACAGUCAUCACAGCUCAUCUUUAUUAUUUUUCUCAUUAAGAGCCCAAAUCCCCCAUUGUUUCUCCCUUUUUUAGGGGUCUCCACUCGGGGUCUCCAUGUGAGGUUUCCAUUUUUGGGGUCUCCAUGGGGGGGUCUCCUUUUUGGUAGUCUCCAUUUGGUGUCCUCCUUUUGGGAGUCCCCUUUUUGGCGUCCCAAUUUUUGGGUCCCCAUUUGGGGGCCUCCAGCUGGGGUUCCCAUUUUAAAGGUUCUAUCUUGGGGUUCACCUUUUGGUGCCUCCAUUUGUGGUCCCCCUAUGGGAAGUUGUUGUAAUAGGCGUGAUCAGGGUCUCGGGAUGUAACGUGUCAGGCUCCUCCCCAUGUGUUAGGUAUGUGCCACGUGUACCAUCCAGUGGGCGUACACGAAGGGUUAAAAGAUAUAUAAGUGCUUGUUAGAACUUAAUAAACGCCAUUUUACCGCUCAUCA